CAAAUUACUGUCCAAAAGAAAGGUUGUCGGUUGGCCAACCAGAAACCAUUGCAUUUAUUGGCGGGAAGAGAGAUUCCCCAUCCUCCAAUGCAACUUAAAAAGCACCUUUCACCCUGUACUUUGAUCUCCAGAACUCUGAGCAAUUCAAUCCAAUCUCCACUGCAAUGGAGGAACUGGAACUCCCCUCUGCCAAGAAUUCAGAGCAGAGUACACUCCCCAAAUUAGACCCUUCACCAGAUUCAAGCCCAAGCGCAAAAGAGAGCCCCGUUUCAUUCUUUGGACUCUUUGCAGCAGCUGACACACUGGAUUAUUUCUUGAUGUUCCUUGGCAGCAUUGGGGCUUCCAUUCAUGGUGCUGCACUCCCUGUCUUCUUCAUCUUGUUCGGCCGAAUGAUUGAUUCGUUGGGGCAUCUCUCUUCUGACCCUCAGAGGCUGUCCUCAGAAGUCUCCAAGCAUGCUCUCUACUUGGUUUAUCUUGGACUUAUUGUGUUUGUAUCGGCAUGGAUGGGUGUUGCAUUCUGGAUGCAGACUGGGGAAAGGCAAACUGCCCGCUUGCGAUUGAAGUACCUGCAAUCAGUACUAAAAAAGGAUAUUAGUUUCUUUGAUACAGAAGCCAGGGACAAAAAUUUGAUCUUUCACAUAUCAAGUGAUGCAAUAUUGGUUCAGGAUGCCAUUAGUGAGAAGAUAGGCCACGGUUUGCGUUAUCUCUCCCAAUUUGUUGUUGGGUUUGCGGUAGGAUUUUCUUCGGUAUGGCAGCUUACACUUCUCACCUUGGCUGUUGUUCCAUUGAUAGCUGUUGCAGGAGGCACUUAUACAGUUAUCAUGUCUAGUUUAUCAGAAAAAGGUGAGGCUGCUUAUGCUGAAGCGGGGAAGGUCGCAGCAGAGGUUAUUUCACAAAUUCGUACCGUCUACUCGUUUGUGGGAGAGGACCGGGCGAUCGAAACGUACUCAAGGUCACUCCAAAAUGCACUUAAUAUGGGAAAGAGUGGUUUUGCUAAAGGAGUUUGUGUUGGCUUUACCUAUGCAUUGUUGUUCUGUGCCUGGGCAUUACUCCUCUGGUAUGCGGGGAUACUCGUUCGGCAUCAUGACACUAAUGGUGGCAAAGCGUUCACUACAAUAAUUAAUGUCAUCUUCAGUGGAUUUGCUCUCGGGCAAGCUGCUCCAAGUCUGGCUACCAUAGCUAAAGGCCGCGCUGCGGCUGCAAAUAUCAUGAGCAUGAUUAAAGAAGAUGCCAUCUCUUCUAAAAUGUUGGAUGAGGGAACAGUGCUACAGAAGGUGGCAGGGCAUGUUGAAUUUUGUGAUGUUGCUUUUGCUUAUCCCUCUCGACCUAACAUGGUCUUCAAAGAUCUGAGCUUUUCAGUUGGUGCUGGACAAAGGGUUGCAAUUGUUGGUCCUAGUGGUUCAGGAAAGAGCACCAUAAUUUCAAUGAUCCAACGAUUCUACAAUCCUUGUUCAGGUAAAAUAUUGCUGGAUGGGCAUGAUUUAAGGAACCUCCAGUUGAAAUGGUUGAGAGACCAGAUGGGUUUGGUUAGUCAAGAACCAGCACUUUUUGCAACAAGUAUAGCUGCAAAUAUUUUGUAUGGUAAAGAAGAUGCAGAUAUGGAUCAAAUCAUCGAAGCUGCCAGAACUGCAAAUGCUCAUUCUUUUGUUCAACAAUUGCCAGAGGGUUAUCAUACUCAGGUGGGAGAGGGGGGAGCUCAGCUCUCUGGAGGACAGAAACAGAGAAUUGCUAUCUCAAGAGCAGUGCUGAGAAACCCAAAGAUACUACUUCUUGAUGAGGCAACAAGUGCUCUUGAUGCAGAAUCAGAGUUCAUUGUUCAGCAGGCUCUGAAUACAGUAAUGUCCGGUCGAACAACAAUAGUUGUUGCACAUAGACUAUCAACUAUCAGGGAUGUAGAUAUGAUUGUUGUCCUGAAGAAUGGACAGGUUGUUGAAAGAGGGACUCACUUGGAGCUUAUGGCUAAAGGUGGAGAUUAUGCCACUCUGGUGAGCUUGCAAGUAUCAGAACACGUAAUAAGUCCGAGUUUAGAAAAUUCUGAUGGAACUUCGCAGGCUUCUAGCUCUCAAGAGUAUUCCAACUGUCAAAAUCAUGAGCAGGAGUCUAAGCCAGACAGCACAAGAGAGCUGCAACAAAGUGAUCGUGAUGUGGCCUCACCAAACGUUACUUCGACUCCAACAGUUUGGGACUUGGUUAAGCUAAACACACCGGAAUGGCCCUAUGCAAUGCUUGGUUCAUUGGGUGCAAUUCUGGCUGGCAUGGAGGCUCCUCUAUUUGCUCUUGGAAUUACUUACAUCUUGACUGCAUUUUAUUCUACGGAUGCUGCUCAAAUCAAACGUGAAGUCAGGCAGGUUUCUCUUAUAUUUCUAGGUGUAGCUCUUAUUACCAUUCCAAUUUAUGUGCUGCAACACUACUACUACACCCUAAUGGGAGAGCAUCUUACUACCCGAGUUCGCUUGCGGAUGUUCUCAGCUAUUCUUUCCAAUGAGGUUGGCUGGUUUGAUUUGGACGAGAAUAACACUGGCUUACUGAUUUCGAAAUUAGCAGCUGAUGCAACAUUGGUGAGAAGUGCACUGGCUGACCGCCUGUCAACAAUUGUGCAGAAUGUAGCACUGGCUGUCACUGCAUUUGGCAUCGCCUUUACAUUAAGUUGGCGUUUAGCAUGCGUUAUUAUUGCUACCUUCCCGCUGCUUAUUGGAGCAUCUAUAACUGAGCAACUAUUUCUCAAGGGAUUUGGAGGAGAUUAUACCCGUGCCUAUUAUCGAGCUACUUCUGUGGCUCAUGAAGCAAUUGCCAAUAUCCGUACUGUUGUUGCAUUUGCCGCUGAAGAAAAGAUUUCAACCCGGUUUGCCUCUGAACUAAACCAACCAAACAAGCAGGCCCUUCUGCGCGGACAUAUUUCAGGUUCCGGAUAUGGUCUAUCUCAGCUCUUUGCAUUCUGUUCUUAUUCUCUAGGCCUUUGGUAUGCAUCAGUUCUGAUCAAGCACAAUGACUCUAAUUUUGGAGACAUAAUUAAGUCCUUCAUGGUUCUGAUAAUCACUGCACUGGCAGUGGCUGAAACACUUGCUCUUGCCCCUGACAUUGUAAAGGGAUCCCAGGCACUCGGAUCAGUUUUCGAUAUUCUCCAGAGGAAAACAGCCAUAGACCCUGAAGAUCCUGUAUCCAAAACUGUAAGAGAGAUCAAAGGUGAUAUAGAAUUCAGGAAUGUGACUUUCAAGUACCCAACAAGACCUGAUAUAACCAUUGUGAAUGACUUAAAUUUAGCAGUUUCAGCAGGAAAGAGCAUUGCAGUAGUAGGCCAAAGUGGAUCAGGAAAGAGUACUGUGAUUGCUCUAGUAAUGAGAUUUUAUGACCCCAAUUCAGGCACAGUUCUGAUAGAUGGUUUUGACAUUAAAACCUUCAACUUGAGAUCACUGAGACUGAGAAUAGGCCUAGUGCAGCAAGAGCCUGCAUUGUUCUCCACCACAAUCUAUGAAAACAUAAAGUAUGGAAACAAAGAGGCAUCGGAGAUUGAGAUAAUGAAGGCUGCCAAGGCUGCAAAUGCUCAUGGAUUCAUCAGCAGAAUGCCAGAAGGGUAUCAUACUCAAGUAGGCGACAGGGGAAUUCAAUUGUCAGGGGGACAGAAGCAGAGAGUGGCCAUUGCUAGAGCAAUACUGAAAGAUCCAUCUAUCCUUCUUCUCGAUGAGGCAACAAGUGCACUGGACUCUGCAUCAGAGAAAAAGGUCCAAGAAGCUCUUGAACAGCUGAUGAAAGGCCGAACAACAAUAUUGGUGGCUCACCGGCUGUCCACCAUAAGUAAUGCAAACUGCAUUGCAGUGCUGCAGAAGGGCAAGGUGGUUGAAUGUGGCACCCACCAUCAGCUUAUCAGCAGGCCAGGAGGCAUAUACACACAGUUGAUCAAUCUACAACAGGAAAAUAGCACAUAAGUUCAUUGAUUAUUUGGAGUGUUUGGAAGAUAAAGAACCAAUCACUAUAUAUUUGAAGCCUAACAAGAUUUAAUGAUGCCCAUUGAGCAAAUCAAUCUGCCUAUUGUUUUCGGCACCAGCAAUCUCACAAGUCCAUUUAUGAACACUUGCUUUGCUUCUGUGAAAUUGAAAUAAUAACAUUUUCCAAAUUGGUCCAAUUUUGAAAUCAAAAUCAUAAUUCAAGCUGUCCUAGAAUUCAUGGCAUUAGAAGUAGUUCGUCAGUUAUGUUCUCUGCACAUGACUGCCACUUGGAACUCAAAGCUGUCCUCACUCUUCAAGGGCAAUGGUGCUGACAAAAUAUAACAUAGCCAGUU